UUCUCUUUGCGUCACUUUGGAUUCGCUCAGAUUUGCUCGAGUUCACGUUCCGAUUUGUACCGUAUGCGAGCUGUCGCGAGUUGUUUAUUUGCGAGGAACAUCGAAUAAUAUUGUUUAAUAACAAAAUCGAAAAACUCAUUUGACAAGGAAUAUGGGCCGCUAUAGAAGUCGUAGUCGCGAUAGAGACAGGCGGCGCAGAUCGCGGACUCGUUCGCGAAGUAGAUCACCGCGUGACAGGAGGAGCUGGGGUGGCAGUGGAGGACGCGAUAGACCUUCCAAUAGUCGAAACAGUCGUGGUCAGCCUGGUGCGAAUUUAAGAAAACCACGAUGGGAUCUUAGCCGAUUGGAACCCUUCAAAAAGGACUUUUAUAUUCCUCACGAAGCAGUUCAAAAUCGAGAUCCGCGUAUCGUGGAACAAUACAGAGUUGAGAAGGAAAUCACAUUGAGAGGCAAAAGUAUACCUAAUCCUGUUUUUAAUUUCGAGGAGGCAGGUUUCCCGGAUUAUGUCCUGAAAGAGAUCAAGAGACAAGGUUUUAGCGAACCUACAUCUAUCCAAGCUCAAGGAUGGCCUAUUGCAUUAAGCGGCAGAGAUAUGGUAGGCAUUGCGUCCACUGGAUCUGGGAAGACAUUAUCUUAUAUAUUGCCGGCGAUAGUUCACAUUAAUAGCCAGCCAAAAUUAAGUCGUAAAGAUGGGCCUAUAGCAUUAGUGUUGGCACCUACACGAGAGUUGGCUCAACAGAUUCAGCAGGUUGCCGAUGAUUUUGGACACUCUUCAGGCAUUAGAAACACCUGUCUGUAUGGUGGAGCGCCAAAAGGUGCCCAAGCCAGGGAUCUAGACGGCGGGGUAGAGAUAGUUAUCGCUACACCUGGUAGACUACUUGAUUUUCUCGAAUCUGGGAAGACAAAUCUGAAAAGAUGUACAUAUUUAGUAUUAGACGAAGCUGAUAGAAUGUUGGACAUGGGAUUUGAGCCACAAAUUAGAAAGAUUAUAGAACAAAUUAGACCAGACAGGCAGACAUUGAUGUGGUCAGCCACAUGGCCUAAAGAAGUAAAGAAUUUAGCUGAAGAUUUUCUUAAAGAUUAUGCUCAAAUCAAUGUUGGUUCUUUACAACUUUCAGCGAAUCAUAAUAUAUUACAAAUAAUAGAUGUAUGUCAGGAUUAUGAAAAAGAGAAUAAAUUAAGUACUCUGUUAAAAGAAAUAAUGGCGGAAAGCGAAAAUAAAACCAUAGUAUUUAUUGAAACAAAGCGCAGAGUAGAUGAGAUAACAAGGAAAAUGAAGCGCGAUGGUUGGCCAGCAGUUUGCAUUCAUGGUGACAAGACACAGCAGGAACGAGAUUGGGUUUUACAAGAUUUCAGAUCGGGCAAAGCACCAAUUCUUGUUGCCACUGACGUCGCCGCACGCGGUCUUGACGUUGAAGACGUCAAGUUUGUCAUCAAUUUUGACUACCCCUCCUGUUCCGAGGAUUAUGUCCAUCGUAUCGGUCGUACCGGUCGUCGACAGAAAACCGGCACGGCAUAUACUUUCUUCACGCCCAAUAACGCCAACAAGGCCAAUGACCUGAUACAAGUACUGAAGGAAGCAAAUCAGGUGAUAAAUCCAAAAUUGUUGGAGCUCGCUGAUGGCAAAGCCGGCGGAUAUGGCAGAAAUAGAGGUGCAAGAAAUCGAUGGCGAUCUCGAGGUGGCGGGGGUGGUGGCCGUAAUGGGAAGGAACGCAGCUAUUCACGAAGCAGAAGUCGAAGUCACAGCAGAGAACGCAACGGUCGUAGCAGUCGGCGAAGUUACAGUCGCAGCUAUUCGCGAAGUCGUAGCCCUAUUAGCAAUCGUAAUGAGGUUAUCGGCAAGAGUUACUGGAGUAGCGAGAGAUGAUCUUCCAGCGGCGGCUAAAAAUCAUGUUUGUAUUUUACGAGAUUUACAGGUAAAUUUUUUUUACGUCCAAUUGAAGCAAUGUAUUAGUAGGAUAAUGAUUGUUGAAAUCGCUGAUUUCAAAUGAAACAUACAUUGUUCGCGAUAAGUUAUUUAUGCUAAAUUCAAUGGGACACUAUUGUAAUUUUGCGUACAGCAACGUAUAGUCUGCGCACCAAUUCGUAUCCCAUUCGAAUCACCACUAAGCUGGCGCCAGAUUAUACGGGUGUUCGUGAUUUGUGAAUAGAUGAUUAGUAGAAAAUAUUGUUAAAGAUUAUUGAUCACUCCAGGAAUGAUUUUUAGAUAAAGAAUAUGAUUAAUCACGAAUCGGGAAUGACGAAUCGGAAGUUUUCCAUACAGGCGAAUGACAAAUCUUUCGCGAAUUACAAAUAAUCUAACGUCCCAGCUUUUGCCGUGAAACAUAUUUGAUAGUUUUCCGACGACGUUUACACGAAUCUCUUAUGUCAACUUCGAUAUAUUGAUCGUCAUAAGAUAAGCUUUUACAAUUCAUGUGUAUUUGUAAGAAUAUUUAAAGUACUUGAACAAGUGGAGAGAUAUUUUUAAUAGCUACUCACAUUGUAAUACAAUGAUAGAAUGUGCUAUUAUUUUUUACUUCUUUUUGCAUCUUCUCUGCCGCAUCUAAUUUUUUCCCUCUCAAGUAUUAUCUAUAUACACCAGAUUAGAUAUAAUAUGAAUGCAUCACAAUGCAAACUAUCGUUUAUAUGUUUUUAUAACACUCUACUUUUCACAUUCUAUAUCGAUAGUCAAAAAAAGAAAAAAGCUAGAAUGUAAAUGUAAUCAUUAUGCAAACUAAACUUCCAGAAUAUAGCGAUGUAUUUAA